GUGGCAACACGGCUGCUUAUCUACUACUAACCAAAUACCGGCGGGUACUGCAGAAGUUGUUCAGCGGUGGACGAGAUCAGGAAGAGAUGGGUGAAACAUCCUCGGAUGAGAAUGAAUUUGAUGACUGGUUUAUCGAGUCUUUGAAAAUGUAAGUACGAGUUAUUUUGUGAAAGUGAGUUGAGACUUAGAUUAUAUAUUUUAGUUGAAUAAAUCAUGCUUCACAUAACAUGUUUCUGUGGGAAAACAACAGGGGUACAUUCACAGGCGUAACGUUUUAGGACAUUGCAGAUAGGACUAGAUUAUAGAACAGAAUCAAUUUGCUGCUUUGCUUAUUAAGUGAAUAUGUGCUGCACCUGCUCUAAACCAAGUUCCCCUACACCUCUCUUUCAGAUACAAUAAUAUUCAUGAGUAUCAACUUGAACAUCCUACAAGAGUAAUUGAAUGGACAGCAGAAAAAAGUAGCUUUAUUUAUAAUUGUCCGAUGUUACAAGGCUAGUGUACAUUUUGAUUAUAACCAACCAACCACAUUGAUUGUGUUUCAAUGCCUUUUUGUCUUUACCCGACAGCUAUCUGUGUCGCAGGUUACAGUUUAUCUAAAAAUGAAAUUUUAGAGCUGCUUUUGCCUCUGAAACUCUUCGCUGAUGACAAUCAGGUAAUGGAUUGAAAUGAUAAAUGCUUCAAGAUAUCAGUGAUGUAUUGGAAUGUCAAUGACUGCCAAUGUGUCUGUCUAUUCAAUGUGUGCAGGGUCUUUGUGCAGAGCGAGAUUUCAAAGUGGUCCAUGGAGGUUUCUCAGAUGGUGCCGUUCAUUGCCUUAAACACAUUCCAGGAACAAGGUAGAUAUAUCAUAUUAGCCAUUGCAAAUGUAACUUCCUUUUGCUGUCAAGAACUUUCAUCUUCUUACAGUUUUUCUCAAUCGUGUACAAGCAAUUUUGGGAUCUGUGUUGAAACGCAUCUACAGCAGAACAGCAAUGACCAAAUGCUCAAAUAUACAGAACUUCUGAUCAUUUCCUCUCCUUUGAACCUCACUUGCAUAUCUUAAUCCACCUUUUGCAGAACUUUAAAUAGAAAAUGUCAUUAGUGAAUACAAACCACUGUUAAGUGUUUUGUUCACAGAAUAUUAACACAUUGUUUUAAUCAGAAGAGAAAUUUGUGCAAUUGUGUUCACUGUUUCCAGCAAUCAGUAAAGACUACUGCACAACAUUUUUAAUCAUCCCAUCAGGUUCAUACCAUGUACAAUAUAGGGAAAGACCUAGGCAAUAGGAACUGUCUCUUUUUUUAAUGAUUUUGUACAAUAUUGUGGACAUGCAGAGAAUGUAGUUGGGGUACUUCUAAGUAAAUUGGGGUACUUGUAAGUCAUCAUCUCGAACAUUGUCACCUUCCAUUAGGCUAUAGAGCUUCGCUUUGGUUUGGAUUGAGGCCUAUACAUUCAUAUCAGUUGUGUUCCUCCAUUGGAAUCACCUUUCCUUAUUUCUAUUGUGGAUCGUGUUUCUGUGAGCCAAUGAAAAGUCUACAAAACUAUGAGCAAACCAGCAUUCGGAAAGUAUUCAGACCCCUUCACUUUUUCCGCAUUGUUACGUUACAGCCUUAUUCUAAAAUCGAUUAAAUUGUUUUUUCCCCCUCAUCAAUCUACACACAAUACCCCGUAAUGACAAAGCAAAAACAGGUUUAGACAUUUGUGCAAAUGUAUUAAAAAUAAAAAACAGAUAUCACAUUUACAUAAGUAUUCACACCCUUUACUCAGUACUUUGUUAAAGCUUUGCUCCGUUCAUCUUUCCCUCGAUCCUGACUAGUCUCCCAACCCCACAGUAUGAUGCUGCCAUCACCAUGCUUUACCGUAGGGAUGGUAUUGGCCAGGUGAUGAGCGGUGCCUGGUUUCCUCCAGCUGUGAUGCUUGGCAUUCAGGCCAAAGAGUUCAAUAUUGGUUUCAUCAGACCAGAUAAUCUUGUUGCUCAUGGUCUGAGAGUCCUUUAUGUGCCUUUUGGCAAACUCCAAGCAGGCUGUCGUGUCUAUUACUGAGGAGUGGCUUCCGUCUUGCCACUCUACCAUAAAGGCCUGAUUGGUCGAUUGCUGCAGAGAUGGUUGUCCUUCUGGAAGGUUCUCCCAUCUCCACAGAGGAACUCUGGAGCUCUGUCAGAGUGACCAUCGGGUUCUUGGUCACCUCCCUGACCAAGGCCCUUCUCCCCCGAUUGCUCAGUUUGGCCGGGCGGCCAGCUCUAGGGAAGAGUCUUGGUGGUUCCAAACUUCUUCCAUUUAAGAAUGAUGGAGGCCACUGUGUUCUUGGGGAACUUCAAUGCUGCAUAAUUAUUUUGGUACCUUUCCCCAGGUUUGUGCCUCGACACAAUCCUGUCUCGGAGCUCUACGGACAAUUCCUUCAACCUCAUGGCUUGGUUUUUGCUCUGACAUGCACUGUCUGACAUGCACUGUCAUCAAUGGAAACAGGAUGCACCUGAGCUCAAUUUCGAGUCUCAUAGCAAAGGGUCUGAAUACUUAUGUAAAUAAGGUAUUUCAGUUUUUUUUAUUUUUAAUACAUUUUCAAACAUUUCUAAACCUGUUCUUGCUUUGUCAUUAUGGGGUAUUGUGUGUAGAUUGAUGAGGAAAAUUUUUAAUUUAAUCAAUUUUAGAAUAAGGCUGUAAUGUAACAAAAUGUGGAUAAAGAGAGGAGAUCUCGAAUACAAUGUGCUUAUUUUUUAUUUUAUUUUUGAUCAGGAAUAAUAUUUGAUUUGAUGUGUAUGGAAUUGUUUGCUGAAAUAUGCAUAAUUACCCAUAAUUCUGCACCUUUGGAUAGUUGUACUUCCAAUUUUGAUCAUCAUGAUUUAGUGACUACAAAGUAAAUCUAUUGAUGUACUGGGCUUUUUAAAAUACAGAUUCACUUUCUGUUUUGUCUGCUUGGACUCAAGCGAUAAGUAUGGUUGCAUUUGUCUUUUUGCAGGCAGUCUUUUUUUUAAAUGAAUGUAUUUGCUAUUAUGACGGUAUAAUAUAGUUUUGAUGAAUGUAUUUAUAUUUUAGGAAGGCAAUUACAUUUUGAAAACGCAUUUACUGUUUUGCAAAAGGCCACAGAGUUCUGUGUCUUUUGCUAAACAGAAUCGACAACAUUGUUCCGAAAAAUGCUUGUACGCGAUUUGAGAAACCAUAAAUGGUUACUUUCUUGUUAAGAUGUGUCGUUACCAAUGAUGGCUUCAGCUCCAAGCUCCUGGUGUGGGACUUAGGAGGAGAUGAUUGUGGUGAGUAAACCUACACCUAGUGUAAUGAGACUGAAGUUCGUAUCUACUCUCCACUUUUUACUGUAGCUACAUCCACUAGGCAUGGAUGAUUUAUAACCUGAUUAGGCCACAGUACGAAUUGGUCUUGCCCACAUUGAAACCACAUUUCUGUUACGUGAUUUGUUUUCAAAUGAUAGAUGUCAUAAAGAGGACUGGAGACAUACAACCAAAGAGUGCAUCAUCAGAUAAAGGUGUCAAGAUAGCCUCCGGAUUAACUGGAAACCCCUGCAUUCUUCAUGGCUCUCAGAUCAGCGAUAUUCAACUGACUGAGCUGACGUCAGGGAAACCACUCUACUCUGUAGGUAAUAACCUGUUUUAUACACACUGUAGCCUUUUUGGAUUGUGUCAAACUAUAAUUUCCUCUACAGUAUAAUAUUGGGUAUAGAAACACAUGAAUAACAGUUUUCUUCUAUCGUAGAAACAGACACUCCAGAAGCACUGAGCUCCCUGCAGUUUGUGAGUGGCAGUGUAUUUCUCGCUUGUGCCUGCAAUGGUGACCUGUAUGUGGGGGACACACGGAAGCAUUCAGCUCCUCAGCAAACCCCAGCUGGAGGGAGAGAGGGAGGCCACUGGUGUAUGGGUGUUAAGACAGACCUGUCCUCAUCAGACCCAUCCUCCUGUAGUGUAGCACGGCUCUCCUCCUCCUGCCAAGUGGUUGUGUCUGAUCUUAGGAACCUAAGAGCCCCCAUGAGUAAAGCCCAGCUUGAUGUCCAGAGGAAAACUACCAGUGAUAACUUCAUGAAUGUGACAUGGGCGCCAGCUUUAGACAACUGCCUUGCUGUGUCAGGUAAGCAAAAUGUCACUCUUUCAUUUCUGCUUGGAUUAAUGAAUGUCUUAUGGACAGAACAAAGUUGUUCUUGCUUUUUUAGAAUGGCUGUCAUAAUAAAGCAGUUUCCUCCAUUUUCAAUUGAAUUUGUCUCCUCUUCUAGGUUUUGAUGGAAUGGUGCAAAUCUACAACACUGCCUCUUGGAGACCAGAGUUGAUGGAAUUCCAGCCUCUUUUUAUCCACCGUGGUCACAUGAUGUCUGAGGAUCAGUUUGACACAUCAUCAGCUGUGGUCACCACUCAUGUUUGGCAUCCAAGUCGACCUAAGACUGUCCUCUCUGCUGCUGUAGACGGGUCUGUGCAUGUAUGGGACUGGGUCGACAAAGCCACUGCCAGCUGU